AAGAACAAAGCCCAACUGGAAGCCCAAAAGAUUUCCUCUUGCGCAGGAUCUGAUUGACGGUUUCGUUCAAACGCGUGCUCUCUCCCAAGUCAUUGCCAAGCCUUAUCACCAACGUUGGACUGUUGUUGGCUUUGGGACGGUCACGAGCACAGAGCCUCCCAAAUGUCGCGGCUUUAGCGAUCCCGCCCCCAAGAGAGUUCACUCUUGCUCUUCUCCAGGCGUGGCUCUUUGGCAGCUCAACGGCGUGACAUCUAUCCGUCAGUAUGGCUUCGUUAUUAUGCAGAGGGAUCCUGACGUAUCCUCCAUUGCUGAAUUAUGCUGCACUCUUGAGAAGAAAAAGUCACGUAUUCUACUGCACAAUGAGCACUACAGAAGCUCAAACAGCAACACAAGGAAGCCAGUCGACCCAAAUCAAGAUCUCCCCACACAGAAAGAAGAAAGGACUUGAUGAUGUACUAAAAGACUAUGAAGCAAUAAUUGGCAUAGAGACUCAUGUACAGCUCUCAACGCUAACCAAGGCCUUCUGCAGUUGCCCUUACAAUUACGGAUCUCAACCGAACACCAAUAUCUGCCCUGUAUGCAUGGGUUUGCCUGGUGCAUUGCCAGUUGUGAACUCAAAGGUUAUUGAAUGUGCCGUGAAAUUGGGUCUUGCUCUCAAUUGCAAGUUGAACUUAAAAUCAAAGUUUGACAGGAAGCAGUACUUCUAUCCAGAUCUCCCGAAAGGUUAUCAAAUAUCCCAGUUUGAUGUCCCGAUUGCUUAUGGUGGUCACAUAGAUCUGGAUCUCCCAGUGGAAUUUGGUGGUGGACAUAGGAGGUUUGGCAUAACUAGGGUUCAUAUGGAAGAGGAUGCAGGAAAGCUACUUCACUCUGGAAAUGGGAGUUAUUCUCAGGUUGAUUUGAACAGAGCAGGAGUACCAUUGCUUGAAAUCGUCUCUGAGCCUGACAUGCGAAAUGGUAUUGAGGCGGCAGAGUAUGCUGCAGAAGUACAGAGGUUGGUUCGGUAUCUUGGUGUCAGUAAUGGAAAUAUGCAAGAAGGUUCACUGCGUUGCGACGUUAACAUUUCUAUUCGGCCUAUUGGGCAAGUGAAAUUUGGCACAAAGGUCGAGAUAAAGAAUCUGAAUUCCUUUUCUUCAGUGAAUAGGGCCAUUGACUUUGAGAUUGCAAGGCAGGCUCUUCUCCUAAGCGAAGGUCAGGAUGAUCAGAUUGUGCAGGAAACUCGUCUUUGGGAAGAAGGCUCUCAGAAAACAGUUACAAUGAGGAAAAAAGAAGGACUUUCAGAUUACCGAUACUUUCCAGAGCCAGACUUGCCUGGGGUUACUCUUACUAAAGAAUAUGUUGAUAGCAUUCGUAAUUCUUUGCCCGAACUACCAGAAAUGAAACGCAGAAGGUAUGAAGAACUGGGACUCAGCAUGCAAGAUGUUCUUUUCCUUGCGAACGAUGUGAAUGUAGCUGAGUUUUUUGAUGAAACUAUUGCAAAGGGUGCUGAUGUGAAGCUGGCAGCCAACUGGAUAAUGGGCGAUAUUGUGGCCUAUUUGAAAAACGAAAAGUUGUCCAUUGACGAGAUUAAACUUACGCCUCAAGAGUUGGCAGAGCUGAUAGCAUCUAUUAAAGGAGGGACUAUUAGUGGGAAGAUAGGAAAAGAGAUAUUGUUUGAGCUAGUGGCUAAAGGUGGAACAGUGAAGGGAAUGAUUGAAGAAAAGGACCUGGUCCAGAUCGCUGAUCCAGCUGAGAUUGAGAAGAUGGUGGACAAAGUGCUUUUAGAUAACCCCAAGCAAUUGGAACAGUAUCGUGGAGGCAAAACUAAGCUUCAAGGCUAUUUUGCUGGCCAGGUGAUGAAAGCGUCAAAGGGCAAAGCGAACCCAGGACUCCUAAACAAGAUUCUUCUCAAAAAAUUAAAUGCAAAGAGCUGAUGACUUCAUUGAGUUGGUAUCUAUGUUGUUCUCCCCACUCGGGAUGAUGGGUCUUGGGAGACAAUUCUCAUUGGCUGUGGAUUGUGUUGUGCGAGGCGUAUCACUUUAUAUGUUGAGGAAGAUUACUUAUAUUUGGGCUGCAAUAGUAGUCUGCAAACUUCUCAAGUCAUAGAUGUCUCAUCAACGCAGUGUGUAUGCCAUUUAAGAGGAUGGAAGGCCGGAGGUACUGCCUCUCUCUCUCUCUCUCUCUCUCGAGCUCUCGAGCUCUGUUUUAAUGGCUACUUCUUUUGGUGGUAGCGUAUAGAGGAUUGAAUAACGUCAAAUGUGAAAGUUGA